CCUUGAUUCAGGGUCAUUUGCCAGAGGAGCUUUUUCUUGUGCUGUUUUUUUUUUCUUCUUUUCUUUUCUUUGAAUUUAUACUUCCUCUGCUGCCUUUGGGGAGGUGUAAAACAAGCCGACUCAGAGAGGAGUCAGAGACAUGUGUGAGGCAGACACUCUCUCAAGAGCUGUGCCGUGUGUUCAGUCUCCCGUGCUGACUGCGGCUCUAACAGCUGUUAGAUGAUAAUGGGACAUCAUUUGAUUUGAUUAUGGAGCGGCGGACACAUCAUAGAGCACACCUGAAAUGGAACAUUGAGAGACCGCCGCAGAUUCACGAGAAAGUUCUGGCCGGAUGGAGAGCGUGUCUUCUGGAGGUGUUUCCCUGCCACAACUUCCCAAGACCAUAGAUAAAAAGUCUCUUUCACGAACAUGAGUUGGAGCUUUCUCACUCGUCUUCUGGAGGAAAUCCACAACCACUCCACAUUUGUGGGGAAAGUGUGGCUGACUGUGUUAAUAAUUUUCCGCAUCGUUCUGACGGCAGUGGGAGGUGAGUCGAUAUACUCGGACGAGCAGACAAAGUUCACCUGCAACACCAAGCAGCCUGGCUGUGACAAUGUAUGCUACGAUUCCUUCGCCCCACUCUCACAUGUCCGGUUCUGGGUGUUCCAGAUAAUAAUGAUAUCCACCCCUUCUGUCAUGUACCUGGGUUAUGCCAUCCAUAAGAUUGCGCGUUCCUCGGAGGAGGAACGGCACAAGCACCAGAGACAUCAGAAGAGGAGUUGCCACAGCCGGUGGAGAGAUGGACAAGCAGAGGUUUUAGAGGAGGAUGAUGAUGAUGCAGAGCCAAUGCUCUAUGAAGAAGACACCCUGGAUGCACAGGAGGUCAAACCAGAGACAGACAAGAGCAAAAAGCAAGAUCUCGUGAAGCAUGAUGGCCGACGCAGAAUCAUGCAAGAAGGGUUGAUGAGGAUGUAUGUGCUUCAGCUUUUAUCCCGUGCCAUCUUUGAGGUAGGAUUCCUCACCGGUCAGUAUCUCCUUUACGGCUUCCGUGUGAACCCCUCGUACGUCUGCAACAAGAUCCCAUGUCCACAUCGAGUAGACUGCUUUGUUUCAAGACCCACAGAGAAGACCAUCUUUUUGCUCAUUAUGUAUGUUGUUAGCUGUCUUUGUCUACUGCUUAAUGUUUGUGAGAUGUUCCACUUGGGAAUUGGUGCUUUUCGCGACACCCUUCGUAAGCGUCGAAGCCAAGGCAGACAACCUUCCUAUGGCUAUCCUUACUCCAGGAACAUUCCAGCUUCUCCACCAGGGUACAACCUAGUGAUCAAAGCAGACAAACCAGGUUGCAUUCCCAACAGCAUCCUAUCACAUAACCAGAACUUGUCCAGUGUGGUUCUGGAGCGACACUGCACAAGUCCCGAUGAGAACAUUCCAUCUGACCUGGCUAGCUUGCACCACCAUUUACAGGUAGCUCAAGAACAACUGGACAUGGCUUUUCAGACAUACAGAAAACAAAAUGCUCAGACUUCUAGAACCAGCAGCCCUGUGUCUGGUGGCACAAUAAUGGAGCAGAACCGGGUCAACACAGCCCAGGAGAAACAGGGUGCACGACCUAAAUCCAGCACAGAGAGGGCUGGGACAAUAGUAAAAAAUGGAAAAACAUCUGUGUGGAUUUAGAUCUUAAUUGUUAAAUUGUGACUUGACUACUCACACAGUAAGUUGACCAUCAGCUUCAACUUACUGUUACGGAUCAUUUGGUCAGAAAACACUGUCCCUGCCAAACCAAGCUACUGUUAGUGAGGGCAUGGUUGAACACCAUGUCACCAAUGAUCCGAUGAACAUUUAACAAAAAUCAACAUUAAAUAUACCUGUCUAGAUUUUCUUAGGGGUAGUAUUCAUUUCUGAAAAUGAGAACUUUCUUCUGAUUGCUUUACUUGUGCUAACCCAUCCUCAGAACAGUUCUUAAUGUGCUUCUAGUUAUAUUAUAGUAAGUGUUAUGUUUCUCUAAAUUCCAGCGCAUGCAAGUGUAUUGACCAUAUUGGAAGUCUGUUAAACAAUUUUGACAUUCAUGGAUCACUGAUUUCAUUUAACUUUAUAGAAACAACCCCUAUGCAACUACUCUAUUUAAACCAAACAAGGAGGGAACUGAGAAGCUACAGUACCUUGACCCUAAAAAUAAAAUCCAUUGAAAAAAUGAUAUUAUCCCCACCUUUCUGUUUGACAUUCAGUUCUUAAUGAUUAUGUUUAGUGCCAAGGAGCAAUUCAUUACAGUACAUUUAUUGAGUUUGUUGGGGUGGUCUUAAUCAAUCUCAUUCAAUGUUUAUGAAAAUGUUUUGAUGAUGUAUUAAUUUAUGUUUCUCUGAUGUGGAACAGCUAGGGUUAGGAGUUAGGGUUAACCCUAACACUCUAAACAGCCUAACCCCCUGUUGUUUUUGGCAGUUGGCUUGUUGAAUGUUGCCACAUUUUUUCAAAAGUGAUGGCAGCUUUUGUGGCUCUGCUGCACCUUGUGCUCUCCAAAAUUAUCUAAAAUCACAAGUUCUACAUUUGUUUGAGAGCUUGUUGUAAGGUACACAUACAUAAAGAUGGCAGUUAUAAUUUCAAGGUAGUCCUUAAAGACCUCUUAUUUCUCUUGGCACCUUCCCUAUCUUUGGCUCUGUUCCAAAUCCUAAAGAGAUCCCCACAUGGACAACAAUGUAUCAUUGGCAGGGCCAUCGUCAGGGGGGGCAACUGGGAAAGUUGUCCUUGGACCAGUCACAAGGAGACCCCACUAAGGUCCUCUGUGGUCAGAUCUGGUAUGAUAUCAGAUUUGUUCAUCAAAUUUGUUAUACCUCUAUGUUAUGAUAUCAGAAUUUUGAAUUCAUUAUUGAAAUGCACUGUAUAAACUGAAUUACGUUAGUGAACUGAAUUUACCAACUCUAAUGCCGUGCUUACUAGUUAAGAUGUGAGACUUUUAAAAGAUUUGCUUAAAGCUUUCAUACUCGCCAGGACAAGGAGGGAUAGCAAAACUAGAGUCUAAUAAUGACAUGGCCCUUGGGAAACUUUUUAGUUUCUGCUUAGGUAGUGCGGUUCCAGUUCAGAUAGGAUACUGUCCAUUGUGUAGAGUGAGGCAGCUCAUUAAGUUUUUUACUUUUUCAAUCCCCAAUUUCUUCAUUUUGAAUAAAUAGCAAUAGUAAUGUGCUUUUAGAGCUUCCUGUUUUGAAAUUGGAAGUUUUUAUUCUGAUUUUUUGCAUGAGAAGUGGUGUUCUAACUAGAAUCAGACAUUGGGCCCUACUUUAAGAGCGUUAGCGCUAAGCCCAGAACUAUGCGAUUCAUCAUAAGCACAAAGUUAAUGGGCGUGGCCAUGAAGUUUUGGUAUUUUGAUGCAAGCAGGCUCAUAGUCUGGGUGCAAGUGGGUUUGGUGAAAUUGUGUGAGCAAAGUGCUAAUGGGCUGGGUCAAGUGCAAUUUAAUUCUGAGAAAACAUAUCUAUGAAAAACUUACACCAAAAAUAUUUCCUAAAAAUAUUUUGAAUAUUUCUAUAUUUCUUAAUUUUUUUUUUUUAUUAAAACAAAAAGUGGUAAAAAAUAAAUAAAUAAAAAUAAACAAUACAUUUGAAUAUAAUCAGCUACCCAAAUCCAAAAAGUUUACCCUCUCCAACUUCUUCCACCAGCCUCUUUUGCAGUGACUUAAAAAUCACUCUACGACAACAAGUGGAAAAAUAUUGAUGCAAAUUAGAUCAUAAAUACAACUGCAAAAAUAAACAUAAUAAUAAUAAUAAUAAUUGAAAAAUAAAUCAUGAUCUCUAGAAGUUUAACUCAAAUCUCAUUUUUUUUUUUUUUUUUCAUAAAACGGCUACAAUAGUGAUUGUCAGGGACAUUAUUUGAUGUUCACUAUACUUUCAGAGUUUGGAUAUUAACUUUAUUACCGCCUGCAGGUGGAAUCUCCAAACUGCAAAUGCAGGAACUGAUUUCAGACUUUGUGCUGAGAAUAGUGGUGCUUCUCAAACGUCUUAGUGCAAUGACUUAUUUCUCAGGAAAAUAGCAAAUUGUGCUUUGCGCCACUUCAUUAACAUACAAUACACCCACAGUUUGCGCACAUACAGAUUUCACAUUCUCCAAAGAUGGAUAUAGUUUUCAGGUUCUUGUUUUCUUAUCAAAGUGGGUUAUGUUGAUUAAAUUAUACAAUUAUUGAAUAAAAAUACAUUAGCCAGAAUGUUAGCAUGAGACAGGGCAGGUGAGGGCCAUUUCAUCACUGCACACCUUGUUUAGGAGUAGGGUUUGGUUGCUUCAUUUUAGUAUAAGGUGCAAUGGCUACUGUUUGAGCACUUUUUCUGGGAAUGGUAAAUAUGGCUUAACUUUAUUUUCUAUUGAUUUUCAAGACCAUAAUGUAUACAUUUUAUCUCUGAGCUGUCUUGAGUAACUUGUAUACUGGUUAUAUAAGGAUUUAUUGUAUUAUGAUAUCAAGCAGCUGAAACUGUCAAAAUACUAAAGAAAACAAAUGUUAUCACAAAUGAGGUUUUGAAGGCUAUGCAAUAUUUAUUACAGGUAGAAAAGAAAAUGUUUUGAAGACUAAGCUGUAUAUGUUUUUAAAAUACAUUUUAUAAUUACUCUUCCAAACUGUGCCUUUACUAAUUAAGACUGUAAUUAUAAUGGGUUGUUUAUGAUUAAGAUUAAUAAUAAAUUAACUGUAGGAUUACAUUA